AUGUUCAGAGGUACAGUGAGGAAGACAAUUCCGUUAGUAGCAUUUGCAGUAGGUGCAGUUGCAUUCCCCAAAGAUUGGAGAAAAGGUCAAUUUUCAACUGAUCGCAAGUUAAAUCACAUCAAUGAUUCGGUUAUUCAACAAAUUGAGGCCACUGAUGAAUACAAGAGGCUAGUUUCCAAUCCCAAUAUCAGACAUUAUACUUCAAGUAAAUCUUUCCCCGAACAACACCGCAACAACUACAUAAACACGGGGAUUCUAUUUGGCCCAGAUUUGAUGGAAAUUGAUCCUCUUGUAUUUGUUAAUGAUACUACGGGUGAAUUGACUAGUUUCUAUCAUUUGGGAGAUAAGUUGAUUAGUCAGGAUGGACAAAUACAUAACGGAAUUAUAUCAACCAUUUUAGAUGAAGGAUUAUGUUCAGCUGGAUUUAGUAAAUUACCUUCGAAAAGAGGAGUCACUGCUAGUUUACUGAUUGAUUUUGAGAACCAAGCACCACCGCAAAGUACAGUUGUAUUGCAUUCAAAGGUUAAAGAGGCAAAGGGAAGGAAAGUGGUUAUUGAGGGAUACUUGGAAACGGUUACUGAUAAGGAGAAGCCCUUGUUGAUUGCUAAGGCCAAUUGUGUACUUGUUGAACCCCGAUGGUUCAAGUACUUUUCGUGGUUGCAAAUAUGA